AGAGCGAGAACGGGGUGUGCUGCUGUGUGAAUUCUGCGUGAAAGAAAAUAGGAAGAAACACAGGGCGCUUUUCUCCCUAGAUUCACCUGUGGAAGGGAAUGAACAAGCAGACGCGAAAGAAGAUAAGGAACAACCUUGUCAUUGAGCGUUGCCUCGAUUUAACGUGCCUCAAGUUCUGCCCUCAUUUUCCACCCCAAUCACAAGAAUCUCUCUCUCUCUCUCCACUCUAAUCUCUGUUCAACUCCACUCUUGACAAAACUCAGGGGAGUUCAGUCUGACUGGAGAGGAAAGGGCGUAAGAAAUCAUCUUAAGUAUCUGCCCUGCAAGAGGAAGACAUAUCUUUUAAAGCCCCCACCUCUUCUUCCUCUGCUGUCUCUCAAAUAUGACCUUGCUGGCAUCUGAGAGGUCACUGCUUAUCCGCAAUAAGUUCCGUUCAGUUCUGCAGUUGAGAAUACAGAACCGCAGACAGCAGAAUGAACUUAAUGCAGAGUCUGGUACAAAGGCCUCUGUCUCUGAUAACGUUGGGGAGAAAAAAGUCAGCAGUGGUUUGCGUCAGACAGAAGAUGGUGCCAUUCAGAAGUCGCCCCCUAGUGGUCUGACUGCUCAAACUGCACCAGACAGGAGUUAUGGUGGAGCUCACAGGCAGAAGAAGGCUCGUCUGGCUGAGGAUCUGAGUGUGAAAAUUCAGAGUCGGGCUGGACCACUUGAACUCCUGCAGAGGCAUAUUCUGCCUCUAGAGAACACUGCUUCUUUGCCAUCAAAUGUAUUUGAAGAUGACAACUCCUCUUCUGCCUCUGCAUCUCCCGAGCAACUCGGGAUGCACCAAUCUCCUGGCUUCUCAUCAUCACCUGGGCAAGGAUGUGACCAAUCACCAAGUGAUGCGUCACCUAUUGCUACGCCGAUCAGCCCAAACAAUGUACAGUGCAGAUUGGCAUUGCUCCCGGCAACCGAGUGCAUCAGCCAACCAAUGACCAUGACAGUAACGGGGUCAAACUCCAUGUCAACAACUGGCAGACCGAAAGGGAUGUACAUGCCCUCCCAGACACCACCACUGCUGCCAAAGACAGCACAAACUCCAGCUCCAUAUUCUCAUUCCAUUCUGGGUGGGUCCUUAACUUCAUCCCGCCCUCCUCGGCCACGAAAACCUCGCGAUUCCAAACCUAAAAUGAGGAAGCUGAAAUACCAUCAGUACAUUCCCCCAGAUCAAAGGACUGGGACUGGAAACGGAGCCGGAAAUGCUUCACAAAAGAAUAACAACAGUCAGGCUCCGGCCACUGAUUCCUCUCACUCCCACCUCUUGCAACAACAGCAAGUGUACUUAAAACUACAAAUUCUUAACCAGCAACAACAGCUCACUGUGACAAACAGUGAGAACCAUUCGAAGAUUCCUGGAACUACACCUCAAAGUCCCCCUCAGUCUGGAACCCCUUCAACAAACCCCUCUACUCCUGAUACAAGUCCCAUCCACCAGGCAGAGUUCCUCCCCUCAAACCUUGAUGACCUAACGGUGUCAGUUCUUCGUCAGCAGUUGCGGAAACGUGGACUCCCAGUUUCCGGCACUAAGCCGGCACUACUAGAAAGACUCCGUCCUUUCCAGAUGCCGCGUCCCCUGUUAACCCCUGCCCCACUUUGCCAGCUAGGGGCCACACUAGAACCAUCCCACCCUGCUGCACUCAACCAAAUCCCUUCCAGUGUAAACACCUCCGCCAAGUCUGUUCCAAUGUACAUCCACCCUUCGGGUUUAUCGGAGCAAAGCAUAGCUGGUGAUACUUACCUCACUUCUCCUUCUUCUGCUGGCUCCAGUCCAACCUUACAUACGUCCUCUUCUCCAAUUCCCUCUGGCGCCACAUGGAGGCCAGGCCAGCCAGUAGAUGAACUUAGUGUGGAGCUGGAAAUGAGAGAGAGGUUGAGGAGCAGACCCAGAGAAGUAGCGAAAGACUCUCAACUGUGUGGAAGUUCCCUUCAUUCGUUCCUGCAACAGGAGCCAGGAUGCACCAGAGGGAAACCAGACACAGGCGGACAGGAACUGCUCUUUACGUACUGCACUGGUGAAGGAAAAGCAAACUGUUGUCAGCUUUGUGAUGUAAUUGGUCAAGACUUUGAUUUGCCUAUGCAAAUCACUGCCAGUCCAGCACAGGCAUCGCCCCUGUCCGGAAUGGACCCUACUCAGUCCAUCGAUGACAUAUUGGACGAGACUAUUGGUUGUUCAGAUAACUCCUCACUCAUCACAGACGUCCAAUCAGCCACCACCAUCCUCUCAGGUUCCUCCCCCACGCCGCAGCCUGACCAAUCACAGUUCACCAAGCGCCAAAAAGAAGACAACUUUCUUUCCUCUCCUCUGUGCUCUUCGCUUCUUUUAGAGCUUCCUCCCUCACCUAACAACGCCCCACCCCUCGGUUCAACCCCAACUCUACUUCCUCCUCCCCCCAUCUGCACCACUCCACCAUCCAGCUCACUGUCCAGGGAAAGAAGGUCAGAGGUUCUUGUUUUUGACCCUGCUGAUUGGCUGGAGACCUUGACCUCUGGCCUGCACCCGCUAACACCCCCCACCGCCCCAUUUUUAGAGAAUGACUUUGGCCUUGACGCAGACCUGAACGUCAACAGGGUCCUCGACCUGAUGGUGGAGCAAUGGUGA